CCCUAAGGGGAGGCUGCCCGGUGCGGACUCCGCUGUGGUCCCCGCCGGUCCCGCUCUCGGUCCCGGUCCGCCUCAGGGCGCUGCGGCUGCGACGGCCGGGGGCUGCGGGCGCUGCGAGGUGCCUCUCCCCGGGCGCCGUCGGCGGCUCCUGGUACCCGCUGCCGCUUCGCUCCCGUUCGCUGUUUUCCACCUCGGGGAACGCGGCCGGUGCAGCUGCCGCAGCGCGAUGAGGAUGCGCGGCCGCGGCUGUGCCGGAGGUACCCGCGGCUCGGUGUCGGCCAGGGGUGAGGCGUGUUCUUGCCUGGCCGUGAGAGGGAAAUGGUCUUGCCUCUGCCCGCUGUAGCGAGCACUGAAGUACUGCGGAGCGGGCUGUCAUGGAGGGAACCAGGCAAACCAGGAUCUGUCGUCCACACAAGAUAAGCGAGUCCUCAAAGGUGUACAGGUGGGAUGACCACUCCAGUCUGGUUCUUCAGAGCCUGAAUGAGCAGAGGCACCGAGGCCUCUUCUGUGACAUUGUGCUCGUGGUGGAUGAACAGAGAGUCCCUGCCCAUCGGAACCUCCUCGCCGUUUGCAGUGACUACUUCAACUCUAUGUUCACCAUUGGUAUGCGAGAAGCCCACCAAAAAGAGGUUGAACUUUUUGGAGCCUCUUACAUUGGGCUCAAGGCUGUGGUAGAUUUCCUUUAUGGCAGUGAGCUGUCUUUAGAUGGAGGCAAUAUUGACUAUGUGCUCGAAACAGCUCACCUGCUGCAGAUUUGGAAGGUGGUCGACUUCUGCUGCGAGUACCUGGAGAAUGAAGUCAGCGAGGAGAACUAUUUGUACCUGCAAGAGUUGGCCUCUAUUUACAACCUGAAGCGCCUUGACUCCUACAUUGACUCUUUCAUCCUGCAGAACUUCGGCACGCUGUCUUUCACCCCGGACUUCCUGCAGAACAUUUCCUUGCAGAAGUUGUGCCAAUACCUGAACAGCAGCAACGUGCAGCAGGAGUGUGAGCACGACUUGCUGCAGGCUGCCUUGCAGUGGCUUACUCAGUACCCAGAAAGGGAGAACGAGGCUUACCAGGUUCUGGAUAACAUUCAUUUUCCUUUGAUACCUAAAAGUGAUCUCCUCCAUCGAGUCAAGCCUGCUGUCUGCUCUCUUCUUCCCAAAGAAGCAAACUGUGAGGGGUUCAUAGAAGAGGCAGUGAACUAUCACAACAACGUCACAGCUCAGCCAGUGCUGCAGAACAAGCGGACAGCCCUGAGGACUUGCGAGGAGAGGCUUCUCUUUGUGGGUGGGGAGGUUUCGGAGCGCUGCCUGGAACUGAGCGAUGAUACCUGCUUCCUGGACACCAAAAAGGGGCAGUGGGUAGCAGAGAGCCCUCUCCCAGCCAGACGAAGUCACCACUGCGUUGCAGUCUUGGGAGGCUUCAUCUUCAUAGCCGGAGGCAGCUUUUCAAGAGACAAUGGAGGGGAUGCAGCUUCAAAUCUCCUAUAUAGGUAUGAUCCCCGCUGUAACCAGUGGAUAAAGGUUGCCUCCAUGAGACAGCGCCGUGUAGAUUUCUACCUGGGAGCUAUUACCGACAUGCUGGUAGCUGUUGGUGGCAGGAAUGAAAAUGGAGCACUUUCUUCAGUCGAGACUUACAGUCCUCAGAAGGAUUCAUGGUCCUACAUAGCAGGCUUGCCAAGGUUUACCUACGGCCAUGCUGGAACAGUCUUCAAGGAAUUUGUGUACAUUUCGGGAGGCCACGAUUACCAAAUCGGCCCCUACAGAAAAAACCUGCUGUGUUACGACUACCGCACGGAUGUCUGGGAGGAGAAGAGGCCAAUGAUUGUUGCUCGAGGGUGGCACAGCAUGUGCACCUUACAGGACCACAUCUACUCCAUCGGUGGCAGCGAUGACAACAUAGAAACCAUGGCUCGCUUUGACAUUCUGAGUGUGGAGUCCUACAGCCCUCAGUGUAACCAGUGGACCAGAGUUGCUCCUCUGCUGCAAGCAAACAGUGAGUCAGGGGUGGCAGUCUGGGAAGGAAAGAUUUACAUCCUCGGAGGCUACAGCUGGGAAGAAACGGUCUUCUCCAAAACGGUCCAGGUUUAUGAUAAGGAGAAAAAUAAGUGGUACAAAGGAACUGACUUACCCAAAGCAAUUGCUGGUGUGUCUGCAUGUGUCUGUGCAUUGAAACCCAAAACAGAGGACAAGAAGAAAAAGACAAAAACAAGAAAACAUCAAGAUCGAGGAAGAUGACUACUCCUGGAUAACCACCCUUUGAUGGUGGGCUCCAAAAGGACCUUGUAUUAAAUAAUUUCUAUCUAACCUUGAUUCUUUUUAAGUGGGGGGGGGGAUAUUCUGAAGCCUCAGACAAUGUACAGUUGAAUGUGAUUUUGGGAAUUAAGCUUAUGUUUAACAUAAAAACAACAAAAGAAACAAAAAACCACCCCAACCCUCCAACUCUCUAAGGGGUGAGAUGGCAAGAGAGGUUGUGCUCUCCUGAAUGUUAAGGCUCAGUCUUUUACUUCUGUGGUUCAUGGCAUUUCCACAUAAGUUGUAUAAUAUCAAUGUUUUUAAAAUAAGGUUUAAUCUGUGGCUGACGUGAUAACAUCAAGGGAGAGGAAGGAGGCAGAGUACUGAGUGUCUGGUUUGAAGUUACAGAGCAGUUCAAAGGGAUUUAGAAACAGCUGCUAAGAGAAAAUUAAAGGAUCUUCACUGUUGUAAAUCUUGAUUAUAUAUUUUUUGUUUUGGUAACGUUAUAUUUCAUUUACAAUAUGUUCUUGAGUUGUAAGUAUCAGAUUUCUGGAACACAUGGGUGUUCAAAGAGGAUAUUGCUUUUGCUGAACAUAAGUCAGAUCAGCUUGAAAAGCAAAUAACUCCACUGUACUCUUUAAGAUUAAGAUCUUUCUAUGUGGCUGAAGAAUAGAUGGGAUUGACUGGGGCUUGGAUUGACAGCAUUGUGACUUGGAAAUCUGGGAAAGGAGAGAUGACUUUUGCAUCCCUUGUGGCACUUUUCGUAUGUAAACAAGAUUUCCUUGGGCUUUAAACAGUGUCCCAGAUUGAGUUAAAAAGAUUUAUUGAAGAACUGGAAAGAAGAUUUGAGGAUUUGAGGAUUUGAGGAUUUGGACCUCAGGCUUCAAAGCAGACGGAACUGAUAGAGCCCACUACGAAUCUGGGGUUUGCUGAAUAGGGUGACAGUGGGGAGAAGUGGCAGGAGGAUCGCUCAGGUGGACUUGAAGUGAGAAGAUGUCCCUGUCCAGCUCUAACAGAAUGUAGAAGCUAGGAUCCACCUCACUUAUCUCAAGGCUCACAGCAGUCAUGGCUAGUGGCCAGUGUGAGGAGGGACCCAUAACAGACUUUGCUGUCAAAAAGCUUAUUAACCAAGGAUGAUUAAUUAGGGUUCGGCAAAACUGAAGAACAGCAACUUGGUUUUGUACCUGAGCUAAUAGCUCACACUUUCCUCCUUCUUUUAAGUUCAAAAUGUCUUUGCCUGAGAGUAGCCUUUCUUGAUGGGUUUGGUGGGGACUUGCCAGUC